GCCCUGUCACCGCCUGCUCUGGCCAUGGCUAGGGCGCUUGUGUUAUAAAUUGGCGACCAAAGUUCCCGACGCGGCCCUGGUCCUGAUGGCGGCGGCGGCGGCCGUGGCAGCAGCCGAGCCACCUCCCGCGAUGCCGCAGGCGGCAGGAGCCGGAGGGCCAGCCGCCCGCAGAGAUUUCUACUGGCUGCGCUCCUUCCUGGCCGGAGGUAUUGCUGGAUGCUGUGCCAAAACAACAGUUGCUCCUUUGGAUCGAGUGAAGGUUUUAUUACAAGCUCACAAUCACCAUUACAAACACUUGGGAGUAUUUUCUGCAUUGCGUGCUGUUCCCCAAAAGGAGGGAUACCUUGGAUUGUAUAAAGGGAAUGGUGCAAUGAUGAUUCGAAUUUUUCCUUAUGGUGCAAUCCAGUUUAUGGCAUUUGAGCAUUAUAAAACGUUAAUUACUACAAAACUGGGAGUUUCUGGUCAUGUACACAGAUUAAUGGCUGGGUCCAUGGCAGGUAUGACAGCAGUUAUCUGUACUUACCCUCUUGAUAUGGUUAGAGUACGCCUAGCAUUCCAGGUGAAAGGGGAACACACUUAUACGGGAAUUAUUCAUGCAUUCAAAACAAUUUAUGCAAAGGAAGGUGGUUUCCUUGGAUUUUACAGAGGCUUGAUGCCUACUAUAUUAGGAAUGGCUCCAUAUGCAGGUGUUUCAUUUUUUACUUUUGGUACCUUAAAGAGUGUUGGGCUUUCCCAUGCUCCUACCCUUCUUGGCAGACCUUCAUCAGACAAUCCUAAUGUCUUAGUUUUGAAAACUCACAUAAACUUACUUUGUGGUGGUGUUGCUGGAGCAAUAGCACAGACAAUAUCCUACCCAUUUGAUGUAACACGUCGGCGAAUGCAGUUAGGAACUGUUCUUCCAGAAUUUGAAAAGUGCCUAUUUCAGAAGAAGAAGGUGGAAGCUUCCUUUUCUAAAGCAGUUCUGAGCCGAGGAACGGAUAACCGGUACCUGGUAUUAGCAGUCAAUAUUGUACAGAAUGAAGAAGGAAACCAUGAAAAGCACCUAAUCAUCACUGCUUCGCAGUCACUAGAAUGUAAAGAACUGUGUAUCCUUAGGAAUGACUGGUGCUCUGUACGAGUAGAGCCAGGGGACAUCAUUCAUUUGGAGGGAGACUGCAUAUCCGAUACUUGGAUAAUAGAUGAAGAUUUUGGAUAUUUGAUUCUGUAUCCAGACAUGCUGAUUUCUGGCACAAGCAUAGCCAGUAGUAUUCGAUGCAUGAGAAGAGCUGUCCUGAGUGAAACAUUUAAGAGCUCUGAUCCAGCCACACGCCAAAUGCUGAUUGGUACGGUCCUCCAUGAAGUAUUUCAAAAAGCAAUAAGUGAUAGUUUUGCCCCAGAAAAGCUACAAGAACUUGCUUUUCAAACUGUUCAAGAAAUAAGGCAUCUGAAGGAAAUGUACCGCCUAAAUCUGAAUCAAGAUGAAAUAAAACAAGAAGUAAAGGAGUACCUUCCUUCAUUUUCUAAAUGGGCUGGAGAUUUCAUGCAUAAACAUACUUCAACUGACUUCCCUCAGAUGCAGCUCUCUCUGCCAAGUGAUGGUAGUAACGGUAAUUCAACAUGUCAUAUCGAAGUUAUAAACUCACUGGAUAUUGAAGAAAGCAUUUGGUCUCCUAGGUUUGGAUUGAAGGGCAAAAUAGAUGUUACAGUUGGCGUGAAGAUACAUCGAGGAUGUAAAACGAAAUAUAAGAUAAUGCCACUGGAACUUAAAACUGGCAAAGAAUCAAAUUCUAUUGAACACCGUAGUCAGCUUGUUCUGUACACACUGCUAAGCCAAGAGAGGAGAGCUGAUCCAGAGGCUGGCCUGCUCCUCUACCUGAAGACCGGUCAGAUGUAUCCUGUACCUGCCAACCAUCUCGAUAAAAGAGAAUUAUUAAGGCUAAGAAACCAGAUGGCAUUCUCUUUGUUUCAUCGUAUUAACAAAUCUGCUACUGGAGAGGAGAAGACAAAGCUUGCUCCUUUGCCACAAAUAAUUGAGGAACAGCAAACCUGUAAAUAUUGUUCACAGUUGGGCAACUGUGCUCUUUAUAGCAGAAAUACCUCAUUUCAUAACCAGCCAGUGAAAUGUUUCAUAUGCAUCUCUGACUUGGAGCUUUAUCUUUAGAGCGGUUGAACAAC